AUGUUACCUCCUCCACCACCACCUCCACCAUCAGAGACUCCUAUAGAAUCGUUAACAACAACAAAUAUUAGUUCAAACGUCAAAUCUCAUACCAAAUCAAAUGGUAAUACCAUAGCCAAUGCUAUAACACCUUUAAAUAAAGGUUUAAAAGAGGACAAUAAUGAUCAUUGCUUUUUUUUUUAUGAAAUAGGUGCUUGCCGUUACAAUUCUAAAUGUAUCAAAAAGCAUAUUAGACCAACCAGAUCCAAUUGCAUAGUAUUAUUAAAUUUAAUAGACUUAAAACUGAACACGGAAGUUACAAACUAUGCAUUCGAUUCAAUUUAUCAAGAUAUUUUUCUGGAAGCUAUGAAGUUUGGUAAAAUUUUAUCACUAGAGAUUUCUGUAAAUGAAAAUGAUUGUUUAAACGGUAAUGUGUAUAUCAAAUAUUUGAAUGAUUCCAUUGCUAGGGAUGCAAUGAAUAACUUCAAUACAAGGUGGUAUGAUGAAAGGCCCAUAUAUUGUGAUCUUGUAAACUACAACGAAGGUACAUGCCGCAGAUAUGAUAACGGGAAUUGUGCUAGAGGCCCUGAAUGUACCUUAUUACAUAGAAGAUGGCCUUCAAGCAGAUUAAAAUGGGACUUAGAGUCUAGUCAGAAAGAUUAG